AUGGUCGCCGUCGUCGCCUUCUUUACGGGUCCGAAAGCACACUGGUCACUGAGCGAGGAGGAUCAUGGAAAUGGAAGCAUGAAAAAAGGAAAAGAACAUUCAUCUACCAUAAGACCAUCUACCUCAAAUCCUCCAUCUGUGGACAUACCAUCAACUUCUCCAAACAUCCCAAUGCACGGUUACUAUCGACCCUUAUCCGCGGAUAUACCAUCAACUUCUCCAAACAUCCCAAUGCACGAUUUCUAUGGAGCAGUGCCUGUGUGGUCAUCGGGUUUUCUCCCAUUUCCCGCUGUCAACCAAUGUCCAAGCAAUAUACAGAAUGCUAGUUAUCCAUUUCAACAUGGCAUGGAAAGCCAGUUGUCUCUCAGCAAUACCUCCGUUACAAGCAGAUUUCUGGGUACGGAGGAUACUAGAACCUCAGUUGGGGAAACUCAAUCGGCAGCUACAUCUUCUAGAGUUGAAGAAAUUCAUCUUGAUAGACGAGAUGCACAAGAAAUCGAGUGUGGUAGUGCCAAAACAUCAGAGAAAGCGGAAAUGGAUGGUGAUGAUGAGCCCGUUUCGGGGAUGGAAUUUAAUUCAUUAGAAGAUUUAAUGAGUUAUUAUAAGGAAUAUGGCAAAAAAUGUGGGUUUGGGGUGAUGACAAAAAAGAGUGAGAGGGGAGAGGAUGAGACUGUGAGAUAUGUCACUCUUGCCUGUGCCCGUGGAGGGAAGGCCCGGAAUAGGACUAUAAAUGUCGCCAACCCACGUCCGACAGGAAAGACGGAAUGUAAGGCAAAAAUUAAUGCCUUAAAAGUUGCUGACGGAAAGUUUCGGCUGACUACAGUUCACAAUCUCUACAACCACGGCCACAGUCCAAAUAAAUCUCGCUUCUUUCGAUGUAAUCGAGAAGUGAGUGAAUCUGUUAAAAGGGUCUUAGAUACAAAUGAUUUGGCCGGCAUCCGAAUGAAUAAGAGUUUUGGGUCUCUUGUUGUUGGCGCGGGUGGUUUUGAGAACCUCCCGUUUUUGGAAAAGGAUUGUCGUAACUACAUCGACAAGGCACGACAUCUACGAUUGGGCGCAGGUGGUGCUGGAGCGCUUCGAGACUACUUUCUACGAAUGCAGUACAAAAAUUCGGGGUUCUUUGCACUAAUGGAUUUGGAUGAUGAAGGGAGGUUAAAAAAUGUUUUUUUGGCAGACCCCCGUAGUAGAGCAACCUACCAAUAUUUCGGGGAUGUCGUAACCUUCGACACCACCUACUUGACGAACCGAUAUGGGAUGCCCUUUGCGCCAUUUGUUGGUGUAAACCACCAUGGGCAGUCAAUUUUGUUGGGAUCUGGAUUGAUUUCCUCUGAGGAUACUGAGACCUUCGUUUGGUUAUUCCAAACUUGGUUGCAGUGUAUGGAUGGUAUAGCACCGAAGGCUAUUAUCACUGACCAAGACAGAGCCAUGAAGAAUGCAAUUGCAAUUGUUUUCUCAGAAAGCCGACAUAGAUUUUGCCUGUGGCAUAUCCUUAAGAAAGUCCCUGAAAAGCUUGGCUGUUAUGGUUCUUACAAAAGUGGAAUGAAAACUACACUGAUGAAAUGUGUGUAUGACACACAAACGCCCGAAGAGUUUGAAAAAUGUUGGGAUGAGAUGAUUAGUACGUACAACUUACAUGAUAAUGUCUGGUUGCAGAGUUUAUACACUGAGCGUGAGCAUUGGAUACCGGCCUUCUUGAAAAAUGUAUUUUGGGCUGGAAUGAGUACAACACAGAGGAGCGAGAGCAUGAAUGCCUUCUUUGAUGGUUAUGUUCAUGCUAAGACAAAUUUGAAAGAGUUUGUUGAUCAGUAUGAUAAUGCGUUGAAAAAGAAGAUUGAGAACGAAAAUUGCGCGGACUUCCAGUCAUUUAACGUCACAAUUCCCUGCAUCUCGAGAUCUCUAAUUGAAAAGAGAUAUCAACAGCUGUACACAAAUGCUAAAUUCAGGGAAGUUCAAAUACAACUUACCGGCAUUAUUGACUUGGACCCAGUUUUACUUAAAGAGGACGGUACAGUGAAGACCUAUCUGGUAGAGGAUGAAGUUCAUCUCGAAGAUUUCACUAAGCUGGUUACACAUUCAGUGGAUUUUAGUGAUGAUGAUGCAGUCGCCAAGUGUUCUUGUGGUUUAUUUGAAAUGAGGGGGAUAGUAUGCAGGCACAUCUUCGCCGUCUUCAAAUGUAACGGGAUUAAGACAAUACCAGAUAGGUACGUGCUGGAUCGAUGGAGGAAAGAUAUCAAAAGAAGAUACACGUUGAUCAACAAUAGAUAUGACGCAUGUGAUCAACGGGAAGAUGCUAAUAGAUAUUCAAAGUAUGAAGGGAAUCAAGAACCUCCAUCGAUGACUGAGAAGUGUGGAAAUGUUGAUGCCGCGACAAAUGACAUAUCGACAUAUGGUAGUUCAACAAAAGUACUCAGUCCACUUGUUGUGCGAGGAAAAGGCAGACCCCCAUCUCUGAGGAGAGUAUCCAGGAUGGAGAGAGAACUGCGAAAAAUUAAGGAGAAGACGAAGAAAGCGCAGGGGAAGGAAAAACGCAAACAGAACCUCAUUGGUUACUAUUUUAUUAGCAAGAUGGGGAAGAGAAUCCAGUAG